CUUCCACCCCCAACCCAAUCCACUCCACUCCACCGCCGCUCGCUCGCCGCCGCCGCCGCGUCGUCGUCGUCUCCGGCCUCCGCUUCCUCGCCGACGGAAUCCUAGCUUAGCCAUGGCUGGUAGGGGCAAGGCGAUCGGCUCGAGCGCCGCCAAGAAGGCCACGUCGCGGAGCUCCAAGGCCGGGCUCCAGUUCCCCGUCGGCAGGAUCGCCCGCUUCCUCAAGGCCGGCAAGUACGCCGAGCGCGUCGGCGCCGGCGCCCCCGUCUACCUCGCCGCCGUCCUCGAGUACCUCGCCGCCGAGGUUCUUGAGCUCGCCGGGAACGCGGCGCGGGACAACAAGAAGACGCGGAUCGUGCCGAGGCACAUCCAGCUCGCCGUGCGCAACGACGAGGAGCUGUCGCGCCUGCUCGGCGCCGUCACCAUCGCCAACGGCGGCGUCAUGCCCAACAUCCACAACCUGCUCCUCCCCAAGAAGGCCGGCUCCAGCGCCAAGGCCGCCGCCGCCGACGACGAGUAGAGACGAACACAGAUUCCUCACUAUGACGAACACUACAUGCUUCCUUCCGCCGAUGGAUUAGACAAUAGGCAUCCUGCUUAAUUUAGUUUUUAAUUGUGCUUGUUUCGUAGACAAGGGAUUAGUUGCUCUGUAAUUGGUGUUAAUUUAUAUGAAAUAGUGUCAUCUUUCUCGAUGACUUUUGUCAAAAGAAAUUCUCUCCGGGUGUUCAGAUUUUCCAGGU